UUGAAACUUUAAAGAAAUGAUGAUCGUGGUCUCAAACGGAAAAAAAAAAAUAGAAAAAAGAAAAAGAAAUAACCCAUGUUCAUCUUUCUCAUUCCCCGCCAAAACCUCCGCCACCGUAUUUGUCUCUCCUCCGUUCGCCGCCACCUUUCAACCACCUCCUCCAAACUCCUCACCAAAUACUCCUUCACUCCUCCUCCCUCUCUCCCACCUCAAAACCAAAACCAAAACCCUAACCCUAACCCUAAACCAUCCUCUCAAAACCUCCAAUCUCCAAACAAAAUCCGCAAAAAGCCUCUAUACCGCCCUCCCUCAACCCUAGAAACCGGCGAGAAGCCAUUGAGAUCAAAUCUACCCUUCGAUUUCCGGUACAGUUACACUGAAAGUAACCCCUCAGUAAGGCCCAUUGGGCUCCGGGGUCCUAAAUACUCCCCAUUUGGUCCGGGCCGGGUUAAACGAGAAUGGACCGGGGUUUGCGCUCCGGUGAAGAGCCCGAAAGUGAGGUCUGUAGAUGGGGAAGUGGAGGAUGAUUCCGAGUUGGUGGAGAAGAGGAGGUUGAUGAGAGAGACACUUCUUGGGCAGCCAUUGACUGAUGCUGAGAAGAAGAUUCUUGUUGAUAUGUGUGAGAGGAGUAAAGUUAAGAAACAAGUUAACCUGGGGAGAGACGGUCUGACUCACAAUAUGUUGAAUGAUAUUCACAAUCACUGGAAGGAUGCUGAGGCAAUCAGGAUUAAGUGCAUGGGUGUGCCAACUAUUGACAUGGAGAAUGUCUUAACCCAGCUUGAGGAUAAGACAUUUGGCAAGAUCAUCCACAGGCAAAGUGGUCUUCUUGUUCUGUACAGAGGUAGGAACUAUAAAUCCAAGAAGAGGCCUGUGAUUCCAUUAAUGCUUUGGAAACCCCAAGAGCCUGUGUAUCCAAAGCUAAUUAAAACUACAGUUGAGGGAUUAAGCAUUGAAGAGACAAAGGUAUUGAGAAAAAGAGGAUUAGCUGUUCCUGCAUUGACUAAACUCGGUAGAAAUGGAUACUAUGGUAACCUUGUAACUAUGAUCCGAGAUGCUUUUCUCGUGGAAGAGCUGGUCCGGGUAGACUGCACUGGUCUUGACAAGAGUGAUCACAAGAAAAUAGCCGUAAAACUUAGGGACUUGGUGCCAUGUAUCCCUGUUACGCUUAUGAAGGAACAGAUUGUAGUGUGGAGAGGACCGCACCAUGAACCUGCGGGGAAUGGAACUUUUCUUUCAGCACGGGAUUCUGUCGAGAAUUCCAUUGACAACUUGGUUUGGGAUUCUUGACGACACGAGCUUGAAUACGGAGUUGCUACAAGUUCAAGGGAGAUCUGGGAGCAGUUUAGUAUUUGCUUAAUGUCACAGAAGCUCUGGUGACGCAGAAGAAUUUACAGUACAUGGGUUAAUGAAAUCAACUUCAAUAAAAGCAUGUGGCUUUAUGCCUUUAUUCAGAUCUGAUGUCAGGAUAGUCUGCUGGAUCUGUUUGCUUAUUACUCUAAUCUUGAAUGAAAAAUGAGGUGGGUUUUCGACCUUUUUAAAAGUUCCAGCAGCCUGGUAUGUACCUUAUAACAAAAUAAAAUAAAAAUCUUUGAUUUACUUCGAGCAUGUUCAUUCAUUAUUUGCUAGUCGGGUUAAAGUUGCCAUCCUUUUUUAGCAUGGUUUCAUGUUCGGAUCUUCAGAAUUCUUUCAUAUCAAUCUUCUCGAAGGACGACACUUGUGGAAGAAGAAUAUGAAUCAGGAAUUGGAAAUUGCUGAUUUGAAAGGAACUUCGAUGCAAUGUUGUGGGAUAUGACUCGUUUUUAUAGUUUCUGCAAUUUUGUUAACUUUGUAAAUUAUGCCAUGUGUUUAGUUUUUCUUUUAGUUGUACUCCAUUGUUUGACUUGUUGUGAAUAUUGUAUGUAAUUGUUGCCGAUUUGGUCAAAGAAGUGGAGUAGUUGGAUGCGGCAUGCCAUGUGUAUUAUUUGAAUCUUUUUCAGGUAA